CCUCCAAAUUCACCUGUUAAUACUAUGACCGGUUUUGCUCCUGAAGAUUGGCGUUUCCCUGUAUCGAAAAGACCGAGCUGCAAACCGAAAGCUGGCGGACCCGCCUGCAGGCCAUCAAACCCAGUUAAUUCACCACCACAAGCCUUGCCCCAACAACUAGUUAGCUCAGGAAUUGCUCCGCCACAGAAGUGCACUAGCGGAAGAAUACUUCAAGCUCAAUGCCAUCAGUAUUCAGGUCAGCAACCCAUAAACGCUGGCGUCGCAAGAUAUCCAUCACUUUCAAACCCGGGUCAAGGAUAUGCUCCUCAACAACCCUACUUACAACAGCCGGGUGGCACUUGGCAUCCACCACCACAUUAUGGGCCCGGUUCAUCACCGGUACAGAUGUGUGUCGAUGGAAAUAGACAAGUUCCGUGUCAGCAACUUCCGGGCCAGCGUCCGCCAGGUAACCGAAUUCCAGCUCAGCAAUUUCCUGGUGUACAGUUUCCGGGACAACAAUUUCCGGGGCAGCAAUUUUCGGGACAACCAUUGCCUGGACAGCAAUAUGCGGGUCAGCGACUUCCAGGUCAGCGACUUCCGGGUCAGCAGCUUCCGGGUCAGCAAUUUCCGGGUCAGCAGCUUCCGGGUCAGCGACUUCCGGGUCAGCAGCUUCCGGGUCAGCAGCUUCCGGGUCAGCAGCUUCCGGGUCAGCAGCUUCCGGGUCAGCAGUAUACGGGACAGCAGUAUACGGGUCAGCAAUUUCCGGUUCAGUAUUUUCCGGGUCAGCAGUUUCAGCCGAUUCCUGGUCAACCUCCUAGUCGUCAAUUUCCUGGUCUUCAACCACCCGCAAACAUUGGCGUCGAUCCAUGGGCGGUGGCGAAGAAUAAAACAGAUAUAGGUCUAUCGAAGGCCAAACUAAGACAAGGCAAGCAAGGAGAACCAAGUAGUGGAGUGCGUAAAGGUUUAGCGAUUGGUGUACUACUGUUGACUCAUGCUGUUUAUCUUUUGAUGUAGCCAUUAGAUGGUUUGUAGUUAUUUGAAAAAUAAAUCUUCGA